UAAAAUUAACUAUAGACUAUGAAGAUCACUAUCAAUGUGAAAGCUUCAAAUGAUAAGAAAUAUGCAAUUGAAGUAGAUACAGAUGCAACUAUUGAAGAAUUUAAGCAGUUAAUUUCUAGUAAAACGGAUAUCACACCUGAGAGACAACGAUUGAUUUAUAGUGGAAGAGUCUUAAAAGAUGAAGAAAAAAUUGAAACAUAUAAGAUAUCAGAUGGGCAUACAGUUCAUCUUGUUCGAGGAGCGGGACCGCUUCAAAGUGAGAGAGACGUAGCAUCAUCGGCAAUGCCGGCAUCUCAACAGAUUCCAAGAACUAUAUUAGCAGGAACGGGUAUAAAUAAUCCAUUUUCAGCACUUAUCAGUGCGCAUUAUGCUGGACAGAUUCAUCUUCCGCCAGUGUCAACGUUUGGUCCCGAUGGAGGAAUGACGAGCUUUCCUCCGACUCCAGAGCAGUUUUCGCAGCUGAUGGGUCAGCAAGGAAUGCAAGAGGUUAUACGGGAAAUGUUUUCUAAUUCUCAGCUUAUGGAUUAUAUUAUCAACAGCAAUCCACAGCUUCGAAAUGUUCCAUCAGGAAUACAAGAAAUAAUAAGAAGUGAGGAGUUUAUUCGUAUUAUGUCAAACCCAGAGACUAUACGACAGAUUAUGGAGAUGCAAAGAGUGUUUGGUAAUCUGGGGAUGGGAGUAGGGAAUUUAUUUUUAACAUCAAAUGAGCCAAGAACGGAAACAGCAUCAACAUAUCAACAGCACCUUCCUUCUGUAGAUACACAAAAUCGGACGGAUUCUCUAGGGCCUCUUUUAAAUCCUGCUGAGAAUGAACCAACACAGCAAAAUCCUGAUCCUACUGCCCUUAAUAAUUCUUUUGCUACGAUGGUAUCGUUGUUGUCUAAUUUGGGGGCUCAUCAACAAAAUACAGAUACAUCUGUGUUUGAUCCUGUUGUAUUCCAAUCAUUUCUUUCUGGUUUGAUUCCUCAGCAGCCUCAGCAUUUGUUACCGCCAGAAGAACGUUUUCAAGAACAGUUAAGACAACUAAAUGAAUUAGGCUUUACAAACUUUGAUCGUAAUAUUCGAGCACUCGGACGAAGUGGUGGAUCUGUACAAGGAGCUAUUGAGGCAAUGCUGGAUGGUGAUGUUUAAUAUAUGUAUUACUAAAUUAGGCU